AUGUGAAGGAAGCCAGAGCCCUGAGCACAGCGUCAGUCUGUAUCCUGACAGAGGGAGAUAAGGUGGCUGGGGAGCUAGUGGUGCUUUCCUGGAAUACAAUCUGUGUUUGACACUCUGCUUAAGCACUGCCCAUCUGUAUGUUAUUGAGCUGGAGCCUCUGGGGAAAAAGAGGAGCCACAGGCACAGAGAGUGAACGAGGGAGGCAGCAAAAGCACUUUUCUUCCCUUCUUUUCCUUUUUUUAUUUUUUUUUCUUUUAUAUAAGGAUCUGGUUAGACUGCCUUGAAGUGCCACAUCUGGAAACUGCAUGCUGAAAGAAAGUUAAAAUAACUGAGGCACCACUAAACCAAGGGGGGCUGAUUGCAGAAGAAGGUAAACAAUUACUAAGACGCUAGAAGACGACUGCUGGAUGUGAGGGGAGGAAAUGGCUUUGAACUCUGCCUGGCCCCUCGUUUUUCCUAUAUUAUUCUUUUUGAGAUGCUUCUCCUCCAGCACAGCCUGGAGUGAGGGAGGCGUUUUUCAUUUUGACAUUGAAGGUAGCUCAGCGGUCAGCGCGCAAGAAGUCACUGAUACCAGAGGGCAGCAGCAGUCAGUAGCUACUGGAAGUUGGGUGCCUUUUGCCGAGGGAUGCCAAGAAGGAUUUUACCGUACCAGCUCAGGAAAAUGCUCUCCUUGCAGCUGUAAUGGUAAUGCAAACAGAUGCCUUGAUGGAUCUGGAAUCUGUGUGGACUGCCAGAGAAACACAACAGGAAAGUACUGCGAGCAAUGUCCAGAUGGCUUCAUUGGGGACGUCGUCAGAGGACCGCCCACGUUCUGCCAGCCUUGCCCCUGCCCUGUGCCAGUAGUUGCCAACUUUGCAGUGUCCUGUUACAGAAAAAGUGGAAGUGUGCGCUGUGUCUGUAAGGAAAGCUAUGCAGGACCCAACUGUGAAAGGUGUGCCCCUGGUUACUAUGGAAACCCCUUGCUAAUUGGAAGCACUUGUAAAAAAUGUGACUGCAGUGGCAACUCAGACCCAAACCUGAUUUUUGAAGACUGUGAUGAAGUGACUGGCCAGUGCCGCAACUGCCUGCGCAACACCACAGGGUUCAAGUGUGAACGAUGCGCUCCGGGUUACUAUGGGGAUGCCAGAUUCGCUAAAAACUGUACAGAAUGUAACUGUGGAGGAAGAAUGUGCAACAGCCAAACGGGAGAAUGUCUAGCAGAUAGUCCUGAAGUUUCUACUGGCACAGACUGCCCAACCAUCAGCUGUGAUAAAUGUAUUUGGGAUUUGACUGAUGACAUCCGAUUAGCAGUUCUGGCUAUUGAUGAAAGCAAAUCGACUUUACUGAGCAUUUCUACAGGAGUUGCAGCUCACAAACGCUUGAAUGAUCUCAACCUCACUGCCACCCAUCUCCAGGUUGCAAUGUCCAAAAAAAAGAAUCAUUCUGUACUUUGGACCAUCCAGGUCGAUGAUGUUGCUGCCGAAAUGAAUGAUCUCCUGACAGACACAGCAAUACUCGAUGAACAGGGAAAUAAGGCAUCCAGCAAAGGCCUACUGGUACAGAAGGAAACCAUAGCGACCAACAACCGUGCUACACAGCUUGUGCAACAGCUAAGUAAUAUGAGGGAUAACAUCCAAGAAAUCAGCAGUAAGAUGAAAUACUAUGCAAUUCAACAAGAGCUGAGCCCUGAAGAAAUCGCCCACAAGCUGAAUGUGGCUGAGGGGAUGCUGAAGGAGAUCAAACACCGCAAGCCUUUCACUAAUCAGAGGCAACUUGCAGAUGAGGAGGAAAAUGCAGCAGAAGAAUUGCUACAGCAAGUUGAACAGUUUCAUGAGAGGUACAAUGACACCAGAUCUCUGCUUUCUGAUGUGCUGGAGCAGCUCAGUGAACACGAUAUGAAACUCUCAGACCUGGAGGAGUCGUUAGACCAGGCAUUUGACUACGUUAUUCAAACCCAGGACAUAAACGAGGAAAACAAAGCCAAUCUUCAAGAGCGUGGGAAACAACAUGAGAAAAUAAAAGAGCAAGCAAAUGAAGUGAACAGCAUUCUGCUAAGUGCCACAGCUAUUUUGGCAAGACCACAAAAGAUCAACUCAGAGCUAAGCGAGGUAAUAAAGAAUGCAUCAGGGUUCUACGCAGAAAUAGAUGGAGCAAAAAAGGAAUUGCAAGAAAAACUAGCCAAUCUGUCUCUGUUUGAUGAUGAUUUGGUAGAAAAGGCUAUGCAUCAUGCCCACAACCUAAGAAGACUUGCUGAUGAGCUGGACUGGAAUUUGUAUGGUGUUGAUACAAAUGGGUUGGUACAAAGAGCAAUAAAUGCCUCAAAUGUCUAUGAAAAUAUUGCCAGCUAUAUUGAAGAAGCAAAUAAAGCUGCAUUGUUAGCACUGAACACAACAAACCGGGUCAAUGAUGCUGCAGUGGGAAUUGAUACUCAGAUCAUUUACCACAAAGGUAAAAGUGAAGAACUUCUCAAUCAAGCCUUGGAGCUACAGCAGGCAGCAGAUGCCAGUAAUGAUUUAACCAUUGCAGACACUAGCCAGCACAUUAAUGGAACUUUUGCCAGAAUGAAGGCUCUGCGAAGCCAGCUGAUGAGGGCCAUCACAAAAAUGCAAUCAGCAGAGCCAGCGGAUGCCGGACAACGUGUGGAGCAAGCUAAACUGAAGACUGCAGAGGCAGUAAGUGCUACCAUGACAAUAACACAGGCUACAACACCCAUGGAUGAGAACGUGAGGAUGUGGUCUGAGAACCUGCAGGACUUUAAACACAGUUCAUCUGCAUAUGACAAGGCUGUGCACUCAGCUGGGGAUGCAGUGAAGAAGCUCAUAGAAGUCUUCCCUCAACUCCUGGACAAACUGCACAAAGUAGAAGAGAAGGCACCAGCAAACAAUAUUUCUGCCAGCAUUCAGCGCAUUAGAGAGUUAAUUGCUCAAACCAGGAGCGUAGCAAGCAAGGUCCAAGUCUCUAUGACAUUUGGAGGCCAGUCAGCUGUUGAAGUCAAUCCAAAGAUCAACCUGGAAGAACUGAAGUCUUUCACUUCCAUGAGCUUGUACAUAAAGCUUCAGAAAGACAACCCACAACUGGCAGCAUCUCCAGACAGAUUUGUUUUGUACCUUGGAAACAAAAAUGCAAAAAAUUACAUUGGUCUUGCAAUUAAGAAUGAUAAUCUUGUGUAUAUAUAUAAUUUGGGAGGCCAAGACGUGGAGAUACCACUGGACUCCAAGCCAGUCAGCACCUGGCCUUCUUACUUCAGCAUCAUCAAAAUUGAGAGGAUUGGAAGACAUGGCAAAAUGUUUCUAACUGUGCCCAGUCUUAGCAGCACAGCUGAAGAAAAAUUCAUCAAAAAGGGAGAGGUUCUUGGUCCUGGCUCUCUCCUGAAUUUGGAACCUGAAAAUACUGUGUUCUAUGUUGGUGGAGUACCUGCAAACUUCAAGCUCCCUCCUAGCUUAAACCUACCUGGCUUCAUCGGCUGCCUGGAACUGGCUACCCUGAACGACGAUGUGAUGAGCCUGUACAAUUUCAAGCACAUCUAUAACAUGAACACCACCACAUCGCCACCUUGUGCCAGAAAUAAAUUGGCUUUCACUCAGAGCCGGGCUGUGAGCUAUUUCUUUGAUGGUUCUGGCUAUGCCGUGGCAAGAAACAUCGAGAGACGAGGAAGAUUCAGCCAGGUGACUCGGUUCGACAUAGAAGUUCGAACACCUACAGACAAUGGACUGAUCUUGCUGAUGGUUAAUGGGAGUAUGUUCUUCACUCUAGAGAUGUACAAUGGGUUCUUGUACCUUCGCUAUGACUUUGGCUUCAGUACUGGCCCUGUUCUGCUAGAGGAUUCCAUGAAGAAGGCUCAGAUUAAUGAUGCCAAAUUUCAUGAGAUCUCUAUUAUAUAUCACAAUUCUAAGAAGAUGAUCUUGGUAGUUGACAGGCGACAUAUAAAAAGCAUGGACAAUGAAAGAACAGCAAUGCCAUUCACAGACAUCUACAUUGGAGGAGCGCCUACUGAGAUCUUACAGUCCAGCAUCAGCUCACAUCUGGCAGGAAGUGUUGGCUUUAAAGGCUGCAUGAAGGGUUUCCAGUUCCAAAAGAAGGAUUUCAACCUGUUAGAAGAACCAGGAACCCUUGGAAUCAGCUAUGGGUGCCCAGAGGACUCACUGAUGUCCCGCAAAGCAUAUUUCAAUGGAGAAAGCUUCAUUGCAUCAAGCCAAAAAGUGUCGCUCUUCGGUGAAUUUGAAGGAGGCUUUAAUUUCCGGACAUUACAGCCCAAUGGGUUGCUAUUCUAUUAUUCUGAAGGAUCAGAUGUGUUAUCCAUCUCUAUGGACAGAGGUGCUGUCGUUUUAAAUGCAAGUGGAAUCAAAGUUCAAUCAUCAGACCGAAACUACAAUGAUGGAAAAAACCAUUUUAUCAUUACUUCUGUCACACCAGAAAGAUAUGAGCUGACUGUUGAUGACAAGAAAGAAAGCAAAAAGAAGCCAGCUAAGGACAAAGCAGGGAAAAGCCCUGACAGUGUCAAGAAGUUCUAUUUUGGUGGCUCUCCCCUCAGAACGCAGCAAGCCAACUUCACUGGUUGCAUAAAUAAUGCCUACUUCACUAGGCUGGAUCGAGAGGUUGAGGUGGAAGAUUUCCAGAGGUACUCUGAGAAAGUUCAAACUUCUUUUUAUGGAUGCCCUGUUGAAUCUCCUCCAAUUGCUCUUCUCCAUAAGAAAGGAAAAAACUCAUCAAAAGCCAAAGGAAAUCGUAAUAAAAAGGUGGGAAGAGAUAAAGACAAGAUCUCACAGGCUUCAACUGGCCUCAAAAAACUGUAUCAGGAAGUGAAUAUGCACAGAGACCCUCAGUGCCACUUGACUAUGAAUCCCAAGGCAACCGAACAUGCAUACCAGUUUGGAGGAACAGCAAACAGCCGGCAAGAGUUUGAUCACAUACCAAAAGAUUUCAGUGAAAGAGCUCAGUUCUCUAUCAGUCUGAAAACUCACUCAUCUCAUGGCAUGAUUUUCUACGUCUCCGACCAAAAAGAGACCAACUUCAUGGCCAUUUUCGUUGCUCACGGCCGACUCAUUUUUAUGUUUAAUGCUGGUCAUCAGAAGAUAAGGAUUAAAAGCCAGGAGAAAUACAAUGAUGGUCUUUGGCACAAUGUGAUAUUUACAAGAGGAAAAAAUAUUGGCCGCUUGAUAAUUGAUGGUCUCCGAGUAUCAGAAGAAUCUUUCAGUGGUAGUGCUAAUACUUGGCAAGUCACUGAACCCUUGUAUAUUGGAGGUGUAUCUCCAGGAAAAGCUGUGAAAAAUAUCCAGAUUAAUUCAGUCUACAGUUUUAGUGGUUGUCUCAGCAAUUUACAGCUCAAUGGAAGAUCAAUUACUUCUGCUUCACAGACAUUUAGUGUAACGCCUUGCUUUGAAGGCCCAUCAGAAGCAGGAACAUACUUUUCAUCAGAAGGAGGAUAUGUCGUGCUUGAUGAAUCCUUCAGUUUAGGCCUGAAAUUUGAAGUCGUUUUUGAAAUACGUCCCCGAAGCAGCUCAGGAAUCCUAAUGCAUGGUCACAGCGUGAAUGGGGAGUACUUGAAUAUGCACAUGAAAAAUGGACAGGUUACUGUGAAACUGAAUAAUGGAAUCAGGGAUUUUUCAACUUCAGUGACACUGAAACAGAAUCUCUGCGAUGGCAGAUGGCACCGAAUUGCAGUUAUUAGAGAUGCUAAUGUGGUGCAGCUGGAUGUGGACUCUGAAGUCAACCAUGUGGUAGGGCCACUAAAUCCAAAGGCAAUUGACCACAGGGAGCCAGUGUUUGUUGGAGGUGUGCCAGAGUCUCUGCUAACAUCCAGCCUGACUACACGCAACUCCUUCAUUGGCUGCAUUCGUAACUUCAUGAUUGAUGAAAAACCAGUGAGUUUUAGUAAGGCAGCUUUGGUUAGUGGUGCUGUAAGCAUCAACACAUGUCCAGCAGCCUGAUACUGCAUCGCAUCAACACUGCAACAUUCCUUAGAGCACAGAAUGAAAAAUAAACCAAAAGAAACCAUGUUCUUUUCUUUACCAACGCGGAGAAAAAAAAUGUGAAUAUCUCAAAGAUCCAUCUAGAGAAAGCAGCACAUUUAGGGUCACUUCUAAUGUUUAUAUGCCACCAAAAAUCACUGACAAAUAAAGAACUGUUGUUUCUGCAGUUCCCUUAUUAUACCACAAGAGUGAGCUUUACCAUUUCCUAUAGUAUAUGCAUGGCCAGGCCUACAACACUGUUACAUGAAAAUGUUGGAUUAUAAAAGAAAUGAAAACUAUAUUAAAUAUGUUGCUUUCAAGAUAGAUCCUGUACAUCAUUUCAUUCGAUACCAUAGGCUAUCCUUUGUUUACUAUGAAAAGAUUUGCUAAUGCACAUUAAAGAAUAAAGCUAGAUAAUAGACUUUCAUUGCAACUAACUGUGUUCAAAGAUUUUUCAGUCUUCCAUUCAACUCAUGUAUAUAGUCUCUAAUUAAAAUAGGGAGCAGAGAGGAUACUGAUUAUGUAAGCUUAUAAACAGUGAAAAAUUAAAACACAUUUAAUUCCACUUCUAGCACUUCUAGACUUCGUGGAUAUAUUCUAGCAUUCUAGCACAAUGUGAAGAAAGGACGUAUAUUUUUAAAACGGACACUUUAAUUACAUAACUGACCACUUACCUAAACCAGACAAUUUUAAAACAAUGACUGCUUAAUUUAGUAAGGAGUAGGAGAAAAUUUUAAAUUUCGAAAUUUCAAGUUACUGAUUAUAUUUUUUCUCUAAAUUUAUCAAUACAUUUAUCAUAUAAAUAAAUCAAAGCACCAAAUCCAGAAGCUGAUUGUCAUCUCAUUUGCACUAACAUAGCAAAGUAAGCAUCAAGUGUAGAAAGGCGAAUUAAAGUCACAGUUUCAGCCAAAUCUGUAUCACAUAAAUUAUCACUUUCUUGUGAGACUGCUGCAGGGCUUCAGUUUACUGUAGGGCUUCAGUUUACAGCAAUAAUCCUCAAAUUGGGAACAAACUCCUGUUGAAUGUAUCCUGGAAGAUGCGUGCUGAGGUGAAGCUGGGAGUGAAAUAGGAAGAUGCAAUGAAAAGGCAACGGACUGUAAAUCUGAGCUGUGUUAAAACAGCAGAAGAAGGUGGAUGGAAGUUAAUACCAAGCCUCAGUCCACAGUGGGCCUAAAUGUCAAACAAGCACAGCUCACUUGCAAAACUUGGUCUCUUGAACGACAAGGUAUAAAACAUCAAAGCCAUUCUUUUCUUUUAAGAAUAAACUGUUGUUGCCAGAAA